GAUGGAGGAAGAAGCUGCCGCCCUCCGUGAAAUGCACGCCAAGGUGGAGAAGGAGAUGGGAGCUGCACAAGAUCCUACAAAUGUGGCGGUUUCCCAAUCAAAUAGGGAGGAGGUGGAUUGCCGAUCAGUUUUUGUUGGUAAUGGUAACUCUUCAAUGUUGGAGUUCUCUGAUAUGUUAUCCUUCAGAUGUCAGGAUGCUUUAGCUUAGAAUUUGAUCUUAGCCAAUUAAUGAAUGGGAAAAAAAAAUACUGCUCGCAUAUGAUGCUUUAGACUCAAACGGGAAAAAAAAAGAAAAAAAAAAGGACAAGAAGAAAAGAAUGGGAUAUUAGUGUCGAAAAUAGUGAGCGUAAGAGAAAAUUGAGAAAAAUCCUUAGUUGCUUGUGAAUUGAAGGUGGGAGAAAGGAAAUGAAAAAAAAAAAACAAGUAAAAAAAAAAGAAAAAAAAAGAAAAGUGAUUGAAAAAAAAAAGACAAGUAAAAAAAAAAAAAAGAAAAAAAAGUGAUGAUUCUUACUGCUUCACAAAUGCGUAGUUGUUAAAAAAAGCAUGUAUGGGGUAAAUAAGAAGCAUCCUGAAACUGCAUGCAUCCAUGAUUGACUGGGUGCUGCAGGAAGACCGAAGUUCUAUGCUCUUGGCGUGAUUGAAAUUUAUUAUGGCUCAAGAAGAACUGUUAGAGCUUCAAGCUGGCUAUUCUUGGGAGUGGGUUGCUUCUGACCAUGAAAAUUUUCCAACCGUUGGUUGAUUAUGCAUGCACACCUGAGGAGGUUCAGCAACAUUUUCAAUCCUGUGGAACUGUAAAUAGGGUUACCAUUCUCACAGACAAAUUUGGCCAACCAAAAGGUUUUGCUUACGUUGAAUUUGUGGAAUUGGAGGCUAUUCAAGAAGCUCUCAAUCUGAAUGAAUCUGAUCUGCAUGGACGCCAACUGAAGGUGUUGCCAAAGAGGACCAAUGUUCCUGGAUUCAAGCAGUAUCGCCCAAGGCGUUUCAAUCCUUACUUGGGAUAUAGGGUCAGGAGGCCGUAUGUGCCAUCAUAUCUUUACUCUCCAUAUGGAUACGGGAAGUUUCCCAGGUUCAGGAGGCCAAUGCGCUACAGACCUUAUGCCUGAAAAGAGUAUAUUAUAUUUUUUGAAUUAGUAUUGAGUGGGGAACAUAUGCCAACUUAAAAUUUAUUUCAUGUUAAACUUUGUAGAAUUUUAUUAAGCACAUUUAAAAUAUGGCACAUUAUCAGUAUAAUUCAGACGAAUUUUUUUUAUUUUUAUUUAGUUAGGUUUCA